GUGAACGGCGAGACAAAGCCUCUCAAAGCCCGGGGAGGAUUUCGGUGGUGAAAGCCUGCUCUGUUCGCGGGGUGCGCUCAUUGGCGGGGGCGGUUUCGGGCGCGGGGGUUCCCCUCGGCUGGGCUCCGCGCCCCAUAAAUACCCAGCGCCCCGGCUCUCGCUGCGUGCUUGGCUCAGGCCCUUCGUCAGGGGGAGAAUGUACAGCCAAGUCGAGCAUCCCGCUGGAGGCUACAAGAAGCUCUUUGAGACGGUGGAGGAGCUGGCUUCUCCAGUGACCACCCACGUCACAGGCAGGGUUCCCCCCUGGCUGCGUGGAAGCCUCCUGAGAUGUGGUCCCGGGUUGUUCGAGGUGGGCUCGGAGCCCUUCUAUCACCUCUUUGACGGCCAGGCGCUCCUCCACAAGUUCGACUUCAAGGAGGGGCAUGUUACUUAUCACCGAAGGUUUGUCAGGACUGAUGCCUACGUGAGAGCGAUGACUGAGAAAAGGAUUGUGAUAACGGAAUUCGGCACCUACGCGUACCCAGACCCGUGCAAGAACAUCUUUUCCAGGUUUUUCUCGUACUUCAAAGGUGUGGAGGUCACUGAUAACGCCCUCGUUAACAUCUACCCCGUCGGCGAGGAUUACUAUGCCUGUACUGAGACCAACUUUAUAACCAAAAUUAACCCAGAUACCUUAGAGACAAUUAAGCAGGUGGAUCUCUGUAAAUACGUGUCUGUCAACGGGGCAACGGCUCAUCCCCACAUUGAAAACGACGGGACGGUUUACAACAUUGGCAAUUGCUUUGGAAAAAAUUUUGCGCUCGCCUAUAACAUCAUACGGAUUCCUCCUCUUCAGGCAGACAAGGAAGACCCGAUGAACAGGUCGGAGGUGGUGGUGCAGUUCCCCUGCAGCGACAGGUUUAAGCCCUCUUACGUCCACAGCUUUGGGCUGACCUCCAACUACAUAGUUUUUGUCGAAACACCGGUGAAAAUCAACCUCCUCAAGUUCCUCUCCUCCUGGAGCCUUUGGGGAGCCAACUACAUGGACUGCUUCGAGUCCAACGAAACCAUGGGGGUCUGGCUUCACGUGGCAGAGAAAAAGAAAGGCAAGCUCCUCAACAUCAAAUACCGCACCUCGGCCUUCAACCUCUUCCAUCACAUCAACACCUAUGAAGAUAACGGAUUUCUGAUCGUCGAUCUCUGCACCUGGAAGGGGUUCGAGUUCGUUUACAAUUACCUCUACUUAGCCAACUUACGAGCAAACUGGGAUGAAGUGAAGCAGCAGGCAGAGAAAGCCCCGCAGCCCGAAGCCCGCAGAUACGUGCUGCCCCUCAACAUUGACAAGGCUGACACGGGCAAGAACUUGGUGACCCUGCCCUACACAACGGCUACGGCGACCUUGCGCAGCGACGAGACCAUCUGGCUGGAGCCCGAAGUUCUUUUCGCGGGGCCGCGCCACGCCUUUGAAUUUCCACAGAUCAACUACAAGAAAUACGGUGGGAAACCUUACACGUAUACGUAUGGGCUGGGGCUGAAUCACUUUGUCCCAGACAGGCUUUGCAAGCUGAAUGUUCAAACAAAGGAGACGUGGGUGUGGCAGGAGCUGGACUCGUACCCGUCGGAGCCGAUCUUCGUCUCCCACCCGGAUGCCCGGGAGGAAGAUGACGGGGUUGUGCUGAGCGUGGUGGUGAGCCCGGGCGCGGGGCCGAAGCCCGCCUUCCUCCUCAUCCUCAACGCCAGAGACAUGAGCGAGGUGGCCAGGGCCGAAGUGGAGGUGAACAUUCCCGUGACGUUCCACGGACUCUUCAAAAAAGCCUGACGGCGGCCGGCGACACGUCCCGCCAGGCUCCCCCCAGCUCCAGAAAGGUGCGGUCUCCGUUCACGAGCACGCAGAUGACCUAAAUUCCUUCAACAGCGCUUGGUAUUUGUGUGGCUACUUCACUAAAAUUGAGCAUUUCAGUUCUGUUGAUGAUUCUUCAAAAUACUUAACCAGGUAUUUUUCAAAUACACCCUUCGGCAUCAUUUCCAGACGUACGGGGCUGAGAACUCUACAGCUAAAACAACCCAAGUUUGGGGGGGGGGGGCUGGUGAAGUUUUUUGUUUGUACAGAAUUAAACUUUGCAGCUGCAGCAGAGUGAAAGAUGCAUGAAACAGCACAGUGUGUAAACUCAAUACCUGCACAUGCGGUAACAUCACGCGCAACAGUGUCUGUGCUUCGUUACAUGCUUUGAGAAAAGGUCAUUUUUGCCCCUACUGAAUUAUUACUGAUUUAAGUCCCCUCCUGGUCACUCCUUUAGUGCUCUCGGAGCAGCCGGAGCGGAGCUUUGCCAGAGCACCUUUGCAAAGCCGAGCUGGCAGGCCCUGGGCGGAGUGGCAGGCAGCAUUUUGUCCUUUUCUAAGGCUGAAAACUGCACACACUAGCUUACAUGUUUCCUCUUUCCCAUUUCUUUUGUCAAAAUGCAGUUCUGGAUUUCAUGCUAAAACAUUAAUAUGAAAAAAAAAAAAAAAAUAUCAAGCAAUUCUUACCACUUAGGAUGAAUUUGCUUCCUUAGAGUGCUACAGACUCUCAGCUUAAUCCUUCCUUUCCACAAAACAAAUUUUCAAAUAAUGUAGGAAGAGGCUAUGGUUCAAAAUACAAACUUAUUGCUAACAGACAUAAAAUCCAGGAUUCUUGUUUGUCUGCAAUGGUUUAACGUUUUUAUUAAUGCUCUCAAAGAAUUAGAAAAUCACUUACAUUCAAGAUUUCUAGUACACGGCGCUAACUUUAAGAGGCUGAUUCUUUGGAAAUGGCUGCUGUUACAUCCUGAUGACAGGAAACCGACACGGAGACACGACCUGGUACUUCUGCUGGUCUAGAAUCUCUAAGCACUGUGCAAUUACCUAAUGAAAACCAAAAAAAACAGUAGAAGCAAUGAGCCUCUGAAACAUAAAAAUUAGUAAAACUUACUAGUUCUGCCCUCAGUCA